AUGAAGAGCGCUAUGGUGCGAAUGGUACCGCAGACGCCCAUCGCGAGCACGGAGUGUGCGCCGCAGCCACGCAUGGAUCCGCUGGCCAAGGUCGGCAGCACUGUGCCGCCGCAUGUGCCGCUGCGCGCCGUCACGAUCGAGGGGCUUGGGCGUGUCGCGAUGCACUCUGCGCUCUUAAACGGCCGCGACUCGCUUGGAAUUCCUGGGCCGUGCCCUGGCCAAGCGCGCCGCGCCGAGCACAGCGCACACGUUUCUCACUCUUCCCCAGCGCUGCCGACGAUCGCAUGGCCCGACGCGCCGGGCAGCCCAUGGUGCCGCGAUGCGCACACUGCAGCCACGCAUGCAUUUGCCCGCCGCCGCACCAUUGCGCAGUGGCUCGCUAGCGCCGACGAUGCCGACGAUGCCGACGAGACAUACUGUGCGCCCGGAGCGUAUGCGCCGCGCGACGCUGCGUGCCGAUUUUACCACCCCAUGGUCGCCAAACUCCUGCGCGACAAGGCAUCCACACGCACCACGCAAGCCCCCGACGAGGACCAGUGGAUCGGCCCCGACGGCCGCCGCGCCCCAAAAGCUGCGACGCGCCGCGCCACCGUUCGGCCGCGGCGGCGCGUUGCGAGCACAGCGGCAUCGCUCGCGGCGAGCGAGAUUGCGCCGGUUAUGGGCUGCCGCUGCGGAUUUACCGACAAGUACAUGGGCAUGGUCCAAUGCGAUCAAUGUGCACGCUGGCUCCAUCUCGCCUGUGUCGGCGUGAUGCAUGUCGAGCAGCUCGGCGCGGACGACUGGUACUGCGACGAUUGCUACGAGCAGCACGCAACCGUGCGCACGGCCAGUCCUGGGCGGCAUGCAUUGUGCGUGCCAGAUACGAUGGGCCCCACGCUCUCGCUCGCGCCGAGCCCACAUCGCAGCACACUCGAUAGCAUCUCUGCGCGCCGCGCAUGGCCGUCGUACUCGGAGCCACUCACGUCGCCGCUAGCAUCGACGGCGUCGUCGGAGCGCGCUAUGCGCACGCCGUCGCCGCCUGCGUACAUGGAUAUGCUCACGACCCCUAGCAGACACGUCCACCCCGACGCACGAAUGCGCAGCACCGCUGCGCCAUGCGCCGCUGGGAUGCCCAGUGUUGGCGCGCCGUGGCUGCCGACGCCGCCGCGGUACCUCACAUUCACACCGCACGUCGCGAUGCCCACGCCCUUGUUUGGCGCGCUUCCCACGCCCCAUGCUGUGCCCGUGCCGCCAGAAACGCCACACGAUGUAUUCACCGCCUGGCCGUCGUCUGCGUCGGGCAGCAGCGCACACAAACGCGACGAUCCAUGGUCGCACCCCGAGUCUCCUACGCCUGUCGCGCGCGGAAAACGUGCGGGGAAGCGAGAUGCGAUGGCCUUCAGCACGCCGGCACACAUGUCGCCCGUGUCGCUUGACGAGAGCGUACGUGGCGUGUCGUCCAGUAGUCCGUACCCAGUGACGCCGCGGGGGCUGCCGACACGAGCGGAAGCAGAGCACGGCUCGCCGAAGCGACGUGCGCCGCCGCCCAUGUCGAGUGGCGUGUUUCGCGCGCAUCCUGUACUAUAG